AUGUCCGACUCCAGGAAGCGCACUGCCGAAGCGGCCGGUCUGGUCGAGGACUCGAACGACCAUGCGAGCAAAAACGCAAAAAUACCACCCAAAGAGCCCCAUGAGCUCGCACGUCGCCAGGUCGUCGGACUGGCGAAACACCAGUAUCCCUCCUUCACGCAUGGCCGCCAUCUUUGCCAGUUUGCCAUGGCUAUGCGCGAUAAAAGUAUAGAUGCGACUGCAAUCACCGCCUCUAGGAGCUGGCUGUCGAGAUACUUCGCCGACGAGGUGGGCAAGGCCGCGUACGAUGGUUUGGAGGACUGGACUGGUGUCCUAGUUGCUGCCGUCUUGCUCGAGAUGGACAACGAGGCGACCAGAGCAGAUGACGCGGACAAAAGAAAUGACAUUACCUUUGCAGUACAGUUCAUCGCCUAUCGCGCCACUAACAAGAUUCUCAUCGCGUCCAGCAAAGAUGUCGAGGCAUGCUUGGAAGGCAAAGCUAGCCCAGAGUGUCUUGAGAAGGUGAAGCAGGCUUGGGCGAGCUGCAAGUCACUCCGUGAUAUCCUCAUUCAGAACAUACAAGACAUCACCAUUAACGCGGCCUUGGACGCACAAGUCCAGCUCGACACGUGCAAAUGGCUGUGGAGGGAGGUCCGGAAUCGGAUUCGAAAUGGAGAGGCCAUGUGCCACGUCUUCAAGGCCAGCGAAUCGCUACAGCCAUCCAGAUUCAAGGAACGUUUCGCCAGCGUCUGUACGCAGAUGGAGCGGAGCGACUGUGUGCUGAGUACCAAUACCAGGCGAGGGUUUGUCCAAGCUGGAGCAGCAUUCCCCGUUCCAAGCACUUCGACCUUUCAGGAAACACCUAGCCAUUUCGAUGAUCAUAGCGGCGACGAAAUGUAUUGGUAUGAAUCGUUGAGGGAAGACCUCGAGAUUUGCGUAGAAGAACGUGCUGCAUUCGAGAAACACGCCAAAAACUUGCUACAGAGAUUGAGCUUUAUGGCUCAGUGCAAUGCGGACAGGGCGAGCGACGGAGCAGCGGUAGCAGUCGGGAUGCUCGAAGCGUUGUGA